AUGAGCAGGAGCAUCUUCUUCUCCGUUUCCGAGUCUUCGAUCCAACACUCUUUUGAUUUUGUGCUCUCACGCCAGGGAGCCACACACAAGGGUUCUUGUAGUUCUGAAGUUUUUUUACACCGCAGAAGCUGUUGUAGAAGUGGCUGCUGGUCGUGGUGAUUCAUCCACCUAUGGCUCUUUGGAGGUCUGAGCGGGAUGAAGCAGAUCAUGUUCUUGUGGCUACAAGAACUUAAAAAAGGUCUUGGUCGUCUCGGUAAGGUCCAAUCCGUCGUUCCUCCGUCCGGGCUCGUCCUGGGUCGUCCAGGUGUCAUGUUCUAG